GGAGCAGGUGGGUGGAUUGCAGCACAUUACAGAUCGCUCUUAGUAUGGAACUACGGGUCCAUUGACAGGCGUUUUCACUUGGAGAAAAUUAGAAGCCGAGUAAAGGUAGCCGUAUCUUCGAUUAAACCUUGUGCUGCAUUCGAGAACGAGCAACAUUUAUCCGAGUGACUGUGUGGUUGAACCGGUAAACACAAAGUCAGUUGAGCUCCAGGAUUUCCAUCACUAGUUGUGGCUGCAGUGCUGUUUGGAAGAAUGUUGGUUAACAUAAAGAAGUCAAGUGGUAACUUCGUAGCUUAAUUGAAGGCCACGGUGCAGCUGUUACCGAAUACGCCACGCCACCAUCAGUAACCAUGAGCUCAGAGGUGAAAAGUAUGUCGCCUGCUCACCAAAUAUCAACUCCGACCCACAGGAGUGCAUCAUCGUCUUCAUCCUCUCAAAGAGAGGGCAGGCCGGAUGGUGACAACUGGGAAAUCAUUGAAGGAUUAAAAAUUGGUCAGACUAAUGUGCAGAAACCAGAUAAACAUGAGGGGUUCAUGUUGAAAAAACGCAAGUGGCCCUUAAAAGGUUGGCAUAAACGCUUCUUUGUCCUUGAUAACGGAAUGUUAAAGUACUCCAAGGCACCGUUUGAUAUUCAAAAAGGCAAACUUCAUGGAAGCAUUGAUGUUGGAUUGUCAGUAAUGUCGAUCAAAAAGAAGGCACGUAGGAUAGAUCUUGACACAGAAGAACAUAUCUAUCAUCUAAAGGUAAAAUCUCAGGAAGUGUUUGAUGCUUGGGUAACAAAAUUGCGCCAUCAUCGAUUGUACCGUCAAAAUGAAAUAGUGAGAUCUCCCAGGGAUGCCAGCUUUCAUGUCUUCCCAACCUCACCAAAAACUGAUUCUUCACCAGUUCCAGUUACCACUGUUUUGGAUGUUAAGCCUCAGCAGAACAAUUUCACGCGGCUGCCCUCCAUUCCAUGCAGUACAAGUCUACCUGCUUCCUGCAGCAGCAGCCAGACCAAAGUUGCAGCAUGGUUGUUGGAAUCUGAGGAAAUGAACAAGUGUGCUAAAGAUCUUGCAAAUUGCCAAUCCAGCUUGGUUGAACUCAGUAAACUUCUACAAAAUCUGGAAAUCCUACAAAGGACACAGUCUGCACCUAAUUUCACUGAUAUGCAGGCUAAUUGCAUAGAUAUUACAAAGAAAGACAAACGUGCCACCAAAAGAUGGAGAACAAAAAGCGUCAGCAAAGAUGGAAAAAUGCAGCUUCAGGUUCCUUCCAGCGCUCCAAUGUCUCCACAUCGUUUGCACUCUUCAAAUCCCAAUCUCUCUGCUGAUGUUGGAGACUACCCAAUGCAGCCAAGUCCACUUGUGGACUCCCAUGAUUCGACCGCAGAUUAUACUAAACUUCAAGAAGAGUUUUGUCAAAUCGCACAAAAAGUUCAUUGUCUUUUGAAGUCUGCCUUCAACACAGUCGCAAUCGAAAGGGAACAGCUGAAGCAAAUGCUGUUAGAACAAGAACAUUCCGGCCACAAUGCCCAGAUCUUCAACCUUAGGAGAACACUCUCCCAGCCAAGCGGAAAAAUUCAUGCCAGCAUCCCACUAUCACAGCAGGUCUGUAAUGAGAGUAGGCUCUCCAUGUCUGAAUCAGUGUCAGAAUUCUUCGAUGCUCAAGAAGUGCUUCUUUCAGCAAGCUCUUCCGAGAAUGAGGGCUCUGAUGAUGAAUCCUAUGUUAGUGAUGUCAGUGACAAUAUUUCGGAAGACAAUGCCAGUGUUGGAGACACUGUUUCUCGACAAUUAUCUAAUGACGAGCUCAGUAGUGGUGCAUUUCAAAAUGGUAGGCGUACGUGUCUCCCAGCGCCAUCUCCUGAUACCAGUAGCAUCAAUCUGUGGAACAUUUUGAGAAAUAACAUCGGAAAAGAUCUGUCCAAGGUCUCCAUGCCGGUUGAGCUUAAUGAACCCCUCAAUACUCUACAGCAUCUGUGUGAAGAAUUGGAAUAUUCUGAAUUGUUAGACAAGGCGGCUGAAACAGAUGAUCCAUAUGACCGAAUGGUUAUGAUUGCUACAUUUGCAGUUUCAGGAUAUGCUACAACAUAUUACAGAGCUACAUUUAAGCCCUUUAAUCCAGUGCUUGGAGAGACAUACGAAUGUAUUCGAGAAGACAAGGGAUUCCGGUUUUUUGCAGAGCAGGUCAGCCACCAUCCACCCAUCUCUGCCUGCCAUUGUGAAUCAAAGAAAUUUGUCUUUUGGCAAGAUAUCAGAUGGAAGAAUAAAUUUUGGGGAAAAUCCAUGGAAAUACUCCCAAUAGGAAGAGUGAAUGUCAUGCUACCUAAAUAUGGAGAUCAUUUUGAAUGGAACAAAGUUACCACCUGCAUACACAACAUCCUGAGUGGACGCCGUUGGAUAGAACACUAUGGAGAGAUCACUAUUAGAAACACAAAAAAUAAUGUGUGCAUUUGUAAACUGACUUUUAUUAAGGGAAGUUACUGGAGCUCAAACGUAAAUGAGGUCCAAGGACUAGUGAUGGAUCAGGAAGGGAAGGUAGUACGUCGACUGUUUGGCAAGUGGCAUGAAGGGCUGUACUGUGGAGUUGCACCCUCUGCCAAGUGCACUUGGAGACCAGGCUCUAUGCCAACAAACAGUGACAUGUAUUAUGGAUUUACAAGAUUCGCUAUUGAGCUAAAUGAAUUGGAUCCAGUGUUGAAAGAGUUCCUGCCGUCAACAGAUGCCAGAUUUAGACCAGAUCAAAGAUUCCUUGAAGAAGGAAAUAUUGAAUCUGCUGCAGCUGAGAAGCGUAGAAUAGAGGAAUUACAAAGAGAGCGGAGAAGAUUAAUGGAAGAAGGCAAUACAACUUAUCAACCCCGAUUUUUUAAGAAAGUACUUGACAGUAAUCAAAGAGAAUCCUGGAUGAGCAAUGGGAACUACUGGGAACUGCGGAAGGAUCCAGGGUUCAGUAAAUUAGAAAGCAUAGCACUCUGGUAACAAAGUGAAGAAAUAAAAAUGACAGUCUUUACAAAGAAAUUAACUAUGCAUAAAGUUAUUAUAGCUAUGAUAAAUCUUACUGCAUUCUUACAGUUUUGCUGGUCAUAUGCUAGGUACGUCUGUUUAAUUACAGACAUAAUUAUAAAAAUAGGCCAAGACCAAAACACUGGUUUAGAAAAUUAUUUUCCACUAAAGCUGUGAAUUUUUGGUAAACCAAAAGUGUAUUUUAAAAUGAAUGCACAAGAAUAAGGAUGGCUGUUUGACAGUCACAUAUUUAUGAAACUAUAAUCUUAAUGAAGCAUUAAUACUUGCCAUAGCUUUUGCUAAACAUGUUUCAUCAUCCAUUUACAUGCCUUAAAAUAAUUACUUUUAGCAAACAUCAUUUUUAAUUCUGGAUAUCUACAUAAUGCUAACUCAGUUUUUAAAUACCAUAAAGUAUCAUUCUAAAGAUUAAUGUGCCUAGUGUACAAAACAUUUAGAUUGAAAUUUGUUAACGUGCAGUCUUGUUCAGUAUUCAAACUUUUUCCACCAUUUACAUUAGGGUUUGUUUUCAAUUGGCUUGCCAUUUGCGUUCUGCGUUGCAAUUUCAAAAUUUAUAAACUAUCUACUGGUCGGCAUAGUGGCUCAGUGAUUAGCACUGCUGCCUCACAGCAACAGGAUCCCGGAUUCCUGGGAAUGGCCGUCUGUGUGGAGUUUGCAUGUUCUCCCUGUGUGUGCACUGGUUUCCUCCCACAGUCCAAAGAUGUGCAGGUUAGGUGGACUGAUUGCCCGUCAUGUCCAGUGAUGUGCAGGCUAGAUGGAUUAGCCAUGUGACAUGCAGUGUUAUAGGGAUAGGGAGGGGGAUGAGUCUGGGUGGGAUGCUCUUUGAAGGGUUGAUGUGGUCUUGGAUAUGUGGCCUGCUCCCACAUUCUAGGGAUUCUACAAUUUACUAUUAAUGUUUUAUACUGAUGUGAAAUGUUCCACAUACUUCAGCAGCCUUACAGGUAUAAACAAAAAGUUGUCCUAAAAAGCAAGAUGUUUAAUGCCACAGACCAGUGUUUUCCAAACUUUUAUCACUGUGCCCCAUUUCAAGUUUUAAACUUCUACUUUUGAGGGGUCACAGCAGGGUUGGGUCAGUCGUUGACAUCUCAAGUCAUGAUCUCAAAAUUUCAACUUGCAAUCACACAUUAAGAAGAUCUGCAAUGCUGAACUUAAAUUCAAAAUACUAUAAGUACCUUCGACAUACAUAGGCCCAUUCCAUUCCUCCCAUACAAGUACAAUAUAACGCAACAGAAACCUGUUCUGAUAAAGGGUCACUGGACCCGAAAUAUUAACUCUGAUUUCUCUCCUCAGAGGCUGCCAGACCUAUCGAGUCUUUCAGCAAUUUCUGCAUUUGUUUCUGGUUUCAACAUCUGCAGUUCUUUGUUUUUAAACAGAAAGCUAUUAUUGGAACUUUUUUUAAAAUGACAAUGAAAAUUGAAAAGGAAAGAUGUACAAAGCAAAAAAGCCAUUCUCCACUCAGUUUACUUAUUAGAAAACCAUUAAUUGAAUAAGUCGUGUUGCUGAGCGCACAAAACGUCUAAAAGUAUUUAAAUUUAAUGACAAUUAUAGUUAAGUUGAAUGUAUUCUUCCAACCACAUGCAUUUUCCUUUUGUUUGUGGUAUAGCCACUACCAUUAAAGUUAAACUUUCAAUCACCAUCAUACAAGAGUCUAAACGCCUUCAGUGAAUCAUGGAAGGCUGUAAAGUGCAUCAAAGUAUGUAAAAUGAACAUUUUAUACUACAGCUGCCCACAAAACACCAUGCAAGUUUUCAACGGCAUCAUGUAAAAUUUAUGGAUAUGGGCCUAUCAAUUUUAAAAUACACUAAAAUUGCACAAGAAAAUAGACUUUUGUAUUUGAUUCAGUAAUUAACAUUUGAUCUAAAUAUGGCAGGAUAAUACAAAUUCAUGCUCUAAACAUAUGUUUAGAUUCUAGAAAAAUACCACUAUUCCUGAAGGAAAAAGGAUGCCAAAAGGAACACAGCUUGGUGAAAAUGCCAAUGUAAACUCAGUCUAUUUCAGUUAAAGUAUUGUAUUGUAUAUCUAAAGUGGUUAAGUGCAGUUUAUUGCAAUUCAGUAAGCAUUGCUGCAUUCUUUCAUUUACAGCCAUUUCAGAGAGAGAUUAGUCUCAAAAGAUUCAUCAAUUCUACACUAUUUUGUUCUUUACCUUUUUUUUCCCCACUUGGCAACAAUUAAUGAUUGAAACCAUUCAUUGUUUUUAAAGAAAAGUUAGAAUCAAGCAUUUAAUCAAAAUAGUGUGCUCACAAUCUUUGGCUCUUUAAUUCUUAACCAUUCUAAAAGCAGACUGAAUGAAUGGAGAUCUUAAUUCUUUGUUGUUUAAUUAUGAGAGUGUAAUUAGAGUGUAAUUGUUACCAUUAGUUUUAAGAAAAUUCAAAAUCACGCUUUACUAAUGUGGACAUCUGGGUUCAGAGAUUCUUAACUAAACAGAAUCACAAAAGCUUGAAGUGCAUUUGAAGAAAAAUACUGGUUAAAAUUUCCUGACAUAAAACAAAGACAUUGCACUAAAAGUUAGUUGUUUACUUUAUCCUACAUGUACAUAUUUCAAUGGAUCAUGUUAGAAUGUACUAGAAUGAAUGCAUCUUGUCGUAAGUAGAUGUGUAAUUAAAAAUGUAAAUACAAGGUUUUAACUGAUAUACUUCCAUAGUAAGAAUUUUUAAUAUUCCAAAACUAGCAUUAAUAUUAAACAAUAAAGGUAAAUUAUUAACAUUGCUAUUGUGUUGAAAUUAUCCACCAUUCUCUGAAGGUGUUUAAUUGUCCCAUUUAUUAAGCUUUAGUAUUUUUCCAUUAAAGUUAUUUAAAUCAUUAACCUGUCACAAAAUUGUAUCAGUUGUAAACAUUUAACACAUCCAUUGUUUCUGUUCUUUCAUGAUCAGUAAUUCUACUCGAGUGCCUUAAGGUCCAAUUGCUGAGAUAUUAAAUCUAUUCAAAUACAAUCCUUAGGCCAAAAUUAGAGAUAUCAAUUUAUUGUAUUGGAUUUUAAGUGUUGCUGUUUUCUUAUUUUAGAAACUAUUUUUCAUUAAAUGAAUUUUCUAAAGAUCUCAUUUCAAAAGGAAAAAAAUCCCCUCCAACCCCAUAAAGUUUUAACUUGAAAUAGUCUUUGCCAGAAAAAGCUGGGUAACAAUGUCUAAAAAAAAUUCUAGUUUCCUUUGAAAAGAAAAUUGCAAUGUUUGGCUAUCUGUACAAGGAGAUGGAUAUCUAAGAUGCUCACUAUGUCCAUACUUCUGUAUAUUAAUGUAACAUACGUAAAUUUUCCAAACAUAUUUAUUCUAUCCUCCCUAUUAUUCAAUCAAGUUGCAUUCUCCCUCCUUGUCACCUUAUUCUUUGGAUGGAAUUCAUCUUUGGGAAUUGAAAAACAUCUUUCGUACUGAAGCAUUGGGCUUUGCAGAACAAAGUAACUGCUUUAUACCUGUAUUAUAUAUUUCCACAGGUGUCUACUUUUCUGUAUAUUCAGGCUGUGCCUGACUUAAAUAGAUGAUAGAUUUUAAUAUAUGUUUGUUUAGAAAGAACACACUCUGCAGUGUCUGUUGCAAUGUAAAUUAAGUUGCACGUGCAAGUUUAAAUUAGCCUGCCAAUGAAUGUUACAAAUGCCUUACCAAAAGUCUGCAGUGUUGUUGUGGAAGACUGAAAUGAACUGACUGAUGUGAAACUUGGCAGUGAUGCUUAAAUAGGUUACUGAAGUGCAUACUGAAAAGGGCCCAGAAGAAGUGCAAUUGUUAACUAAUGCAUAUACAUAUUGAUUCUGUACACUGCUGCUACCUGUGCUUGUUCUAAUAAAACUGUAUGGCACCACUAGAUUGCUUUUACUUUAAUCUUAAAAUAAUGUUGGUUAGAUGAAGCAAGAAGUUACCUUUCUUAAACGCACGUCAGUACCUGUAACCAUUUCUCCUAAAAGUACAGCAGAAACUUAUGCUGCAGUUCUACUAUUUAGCAUGCAUAAGGCAAUCAGUCGUCAAAUUUGGUCUAUUAUCAAGAUGAAACAAUAGGAAUUAAGCUCAUUUAUCCCUUGAGUUCUUUUGAAUCACAAGAUAGUUUCUUCAUUGACAUAAUGGGUAAUAGUUUAAGUUAAUUAUUUGAUGAAAUACAAUUAAAAGUUACUUUUAAUUUAAUAUUCCCUACUCUCAAUUAUCAACAAAUUUACAUGUAAAUUUAUUCAUGGUUUCUGAUGCUAUAACUAGCAAGUUAUUUGUUCUGUUAUAUUAACUCCAUUUUGUUUAUAUAAACAAACUAUCACCAAGAUUAGAGAUAAUGGGAACUGCAGAUGCUGGAGAAUCCGAGAUAACAAAGUGUGGAGCUGGAUGAACACAGCAGGCCAAGCAGCAUCUUAGGAGCACAAAAGCUGACAUUUUGGGCCUAGACCCUUCAACAGAAAGCUACACUUUGUUAUCGCCACGAUUAGCUCUCCAAUCCUAGGUUAUCAUGGCUAAAGGUCUAGUUUGUUUUUUUUUAAAAAUCAUCUGGUUUCCAUUUUCAAUUUUAUUCCAUUCUAAGCCAUUGUAACAACGCUGAAAUAGAGCAGAGAAAAUUCUGUAUUUGGUUGGCAAAUUAAAUG